AUGGAACGGGUGUCCGAUCGGGAGGUCGCACCGCUCAGGGCGAUUGUCGAACUGCUCUCGUACAAGGCGCUUGCGCAGCCCCUGCUGUGCGCCGUGGAACCGCUGUCAGGCGCCGUCAAGCGCGGUAAGCCUGGGGAUCCGAGGACCAUCUUCUGCCACGACAUGGGUGGGGGAUACAAGGAGGACAGGCGAAUCAGGCUUGCCUCCCUUUGCACGUUGUCUGCCAACUGCAGGUUCAUACAUGGCUGUGAUGCACGGCACGUGUACCGGUUCCACCACUGGCAGAUAAUUGAUACGUUCAUCUAUUAUUCCCAUCACCUGGUCACGAUCCCUCCUCCGGGUUGGAUUUCGGCCGCCCACAAGCAUGGUGUCAAAGUUCUGGGAACUUUCAGCCUAGACAAGGACAGAGUCAGCGCUAUCAGUGUGGUCACAAACUUUGGUCCAGCUGCUGCAUCCCUGGUUGCAUCCCAGCUAGCACAUCUUGCAUCCGUUGGCCGGUUUGAUGGGUGGCUAAUCAGCAUCGGGUGCAAAGUGGACCGCAGCCGCGUUCCAUCCCUGAAGAUCUUGCUUAAGGCCAUCACCACAGAAGUGCACAAAGCCGUACCUGGAUCGCUUGUCAUCUGGUACGAUGCUGUCGACGUCGACGGAAAGGCCGAGCCGCACAACGAGCUCAACGAAAAAAAUUCAUGCUUUCUCGACUUAUGCGAUGGCAUCUUCCUCAACUUCCGGUGGACUGAAGCCAUGCUCCAGAAGUCGGCGCAACUCGCAGGCGACCGCAAAGCCGACGUCUACGCUGGGGUCGACGUGUAUGCACGUGACACGCCGUACCCUGGUGGCUUCGAGAUGUACAAGGCCGUUCAGCUGGCUCGUAAAUGUGGCUUGUCAGCUGCUGUCUUUGCGGCCGGCUGGGUCUACGAGACAAAGGAGAAAAUGAAGUUUGGAAAAAACCAGUAUCGGCUUUGGAAAUUUCCGGAUGACUGCUGCUCUGAAUGGCGUCUCACCAAGCCACCACUGUCCACAAGCUUUUGCCAAGGCUUUGGCAGCAAGGCGUUUGAGGCUGGCAAGGCAGGUCAUCUUCAUUUAACACCAGUGUCACGUGACCAGCCGCAGUAG